CAUUCCAAAAGCCCAAAACGAGACGAAGAAAUGGCUAAACCAAACAUGGAGGAAUCGGAAGCUUUGUAACACUGCGACCAUGGACAAGAGAAGCAGAGAUGAGAAGACGAGCGGAGCUGCAGCUGCUCCGACGCAAGGGAGACCGUCAGGGCGGCCACUCCCUCCACCGUCUCAGACCAAAGCUCCGCCGCCGAAUCCUCGUCCUCGUUUCGAACCCGUCGACCGCGAAAAGACUUGCCCUUUGUUGCUUCGCGUUUUUACUAAGGUUGGAGGUCAUCAUACCGAUGAGGAUUUUGCAAUUAGGGGUAAGGAACCCAAAGAUGAGGUUCAGAUUUAUACAUGGAAAGAUGCAACACUCCGGGAGCUGACCGAUCUAGUUAAGGAGGUUGCUCCAGAGGCUAGAAGAAGAAAUGCGAAGCUUUCUUUUGCUUUUGUUUAUCCCGACAAGCGUGGUCGAUUUGUUUUAAAACAGGUGGGGAUGACACAUUCUUAUGGAAAUGGGAGGAGAUUAGAUGAUAGCAAGGCAUUGGGUGAAUUGGACUUCCAGAUUGGAGACUAUUUGGACGUUGCAAUCCUGUAGAAAUCUUGGUUAUGUUGAAGCAUGCUGUUAAUUAGUUGGAGAGCGAGUGUUAUUUGUUUGCUACCUUAGAAGAUUGGAUUUGGCGCCCUCUGUAGUAUCGAUUCUGUUCUGCAUUUUUUAUUUUCUAUAUUGAGAUGUCAUGAGAGGUAGAAGAAUAGAUUGUAUUGAUUGUGAAUUUUCAUUCGGUCAUCUGGUUCUUGUACGAUUUGCCAUUAUUUAAUGACCUCUUAUUUCCCCAGAGAUUGUAUUGUUAGAUCUCUAUGUAUAAUAGAAACUUUAUUUCUCAAA